AAUUGAUUUCAAAAUCAUUGGGCGUUGUACUUUACUAUCAACGCCUCUAGGUGGGGUGGUGAUUUUCUUAACCGAUUCUAUACUAUCCGGACCGCUCGUUGUUCAGUUCUAACCGCGACUCCUAUCUUCUCCCUCUCCAGUUGAAGCCUCAUCUGCACAUACCACUUUAAAUGUAGGACCAGGACAAGAUGGCGGGUACGUAGCCUUUAUUUACAUUAGCUUCGGGGAAAUGCGUUAUUAAGACUUAUUUCCGUCCCAUAUUUAAAAAGUUUCAAGUGAAAGUACAAUUAAGCUAUUGAUUGAGUAUCCUUUCAUUCCGUUUUUGGUUGUUUUUACAGAUAUAUCUUUGCUGCAAGAGGAUUCGCAGGAGGAGUUGGACGGAUGUAAGUUUUCAGUGUGGAACUCUUACUACUAGGGGACUGACUAGCUUGCUACAUAAUUGCCCUGUCGGCAAUGGAGUUCACGGGGGGGGUCGUAUGUGUGGACCUUGAGUAUACGUGUUGGACUGUCCCCUUUCUUAGCAACUUACUGAACUUUUCCCUCUUCGAUGUGUAAAGAGGUAUAUUCACAUGUUACAUUUAAAUGCUUGCAAAAGUAGUUUCGUAACAGCUAACGCUAUGUCACGCGCACAGUUAGGUCAUAAACUAACCAGCUAGCUAGCAAGCUAAUUGGCUAGCUAGCCUCUGAAAUGGCCAGAUAGCUAUCUAGCUCAGCUAAAGCAGAUUAACAGUAACAAGCGGUUCGAUUCACUGCAUUGUAUUCAAUUUGAUUAUGAACAUCUCGCACCCCUCGGUAGCUAGGUUCCAAACCUAAUCCAUCAAGCUUGCGUGCAGGAUAGCUAGCGACCUAGCUAGUUACAUCAGUGGAGGGAGGUUGUUGGGUUUUGUUCGACUACAGUAUGAUACUCGCUAAGGGCCAUUAGUCACUCAACCUGAACCUCCCUGAUGUGGAAUGUUAAUGGGUUUGGAUUAUUUGGUUUACUAGCUAAACUAAAUUAGUUUGAUAACAAAACCAGCUAUACUGAAAAAAUAUAUAAAUGCAACGAUUUUACUGAGUUACAGUUCAUUAUAAGGAAGUCAGUCAAUUGAAAUAAAUUCACUAGGCACUAAUCUCUGGAUUUCACAUGACUGUGCAGGGCGUGCAGCCAUGGGUGGGCCUGGGAGGGCAUAGGCCCACCCACUGGGGAGCCAGGCCAGACCAAUCAGAAUUUGUUUAUCCCCACAAAAGGGCUUUAUUGCAGACAGAAAUACUCCUCAGGUUCAUCAGUAGUCAGGGUGGCUGGUCUCAGACGAUCCCCCAGGUAAAGAAGCUGUAUGUGGAGGUCCUGGGCUGGUGUGGUUACAUGUGGUCUGCGGUUGUGAUGCCUGUUGGACAUACUGCCAAAUUCUCUAAAAUGACGUUGGAGGCGGUUUAUGGUAGAGAAAUUAACAUUACAUUUUCUGGAAACAGUUCUGGUGGACAUAUCUGCAGGCAGUAUGCCAAUUGCACGCUUCCUCAACUUGAGACAUCUGUGGCAUUGUGUUUUGUGACACAACUGGCCUUUUAUUGUCCCCAGCACUAGGUGCACCUGUGUAAUGAUCAUGCUGUUUAAUCCGCUUCUUGAUAUGUCACACCCGUCAAGGUGGAUGGAUUAUCUUGGCAAAGGUGAAAUGCUCACUAACAGGAAUGCAAACACAUGUGUUCACAAAAUUUGAGAGAAAUAAGCGUUUUGUGCGUAUGGAACAUUUCUGGGAUCUUUUAUUUCAGCUCAUGAAACAUGGGACCAACACUUUACAUGUUGCGUUUUAUAUAUUUUUUCACUAUAGAUUGAUAUCACUAUCCAGCAUACAUAUUAGACAAUUUGGGGACUGGCAAAAGUGGGAAAUUGAUGCACCCAGCCUGGCCGUAUUGCAAUAACUGGGAUGUGCAGUUACUUGACACUGUUACAGUACAAGCUAGUUAUUUAUGUUGCAAGAGGGUGGAUUGCUUUGUUUCUAUAGUGCAUCAUGCAACAUACCCAUACCAUUAUGAAACAGUCAACAUGCAAUAAGUCCACCUACAUAUAACUACCUUCCUCCCACAGAUCCACACCUGCUUUUAAGCUAUGUGCAUUUUGCCAUGUUUAGAUGUGUUCAUUGUAGGCCUAUGUUGAUGACAUUCAUAUGUUUUCCUCUCAUUAAAUCUGUAAUUUUCACUUCUGCACUUUUUUGUGUUGGACCUUAUUAUUUUAACUACUGCUGAUAUGCUAAUAGAUUUAGCAUUGGUGCCAAGCUUCUGCACUUUUUUGUGUUGGACCUUAUUUUUUUAACUUCUGCUGAAAUGCUAAUAGAUUUAGCAUUGGUGCCAAGCUUCUGCCACUACUGCAUGUCAUGUCAUUCACUCACUGUUCCUCAUCACUGUCACUCACCGGCCUGUCUGGGUGGUGGUGGGUGCCUCUCAUGCACUAUAUUUCCAAUGUCUCUACUAGUUGGUGUGGAUGACUACAGCUCAGAGUCUGACAUCAUUAUUAUACCUUCAGCCUUGGACUUUGUAUCGCAAGAUGAGAUGCUGACUCCUCUUGGAAGAUUGGAUAAAUACGUGGCUAGUGAAAACAUUUUUAACAGGUAGCUAUCCAAUGGAACAUUAUUAGAACACACAUUUUAAAAUACUUUUUAAAUUUAUUCUGGAGAAUAGUCAAAUUGGUUCAUUUUAUGCAUGGUUGUUAUUGUGUGAAUUCCAGACAAAUGGUGGCACGAAGUUUGUUGGACACACUUAAAGCUGUGAGUGAGGAUGACAGGGACUGUAUCACUGUCUUGGAGAGAGUGGGCCGACUGGCCGAUGACUCAGGUAAGACCCCAUCGCUGAAUGAGACGUGGCUGUUUCAUAUUUAACGGCUGACUGUAUUGAAAACACCAAACUUGUCUGUCCAUCAUGUCUGCAUGCUCUGGACAUGCCCCUAUUUCUGUGUCAUUAAGUAGCCAGCCUGUUCUCCUCAGCUGGUCACCAGUGCAGAGAUAGGCCUAUGAAUGUUUGAUGGAGCGGUGUAUUUAACUGACUGUUAACUGCACCUGGCUGCCAUUUCACACAGGUGAAAUGCAUUUAGCCUGACUUUUACAGCCGGUCCCUGUUCAACCCCCCUUGGCCCUAACCCUUCGAUGUUUGCAGAUCUUUAAGGUUAGGUAGGCUAAGCAAUAUAGUGGAAGGUGCACCACUGCUUCUACCUAUCCAGGCCGUUCAGAUCGGCCAAGUUUCAAAUUUUGAUGUCACGUGCACAAGUACAGUGAAAUGUCUUUCUUGCAAGCUCUAAACCCAACAACACAGUAAUCAAUGUAGUACUAAAAAGAACACAAGGUAGAACAAAAACGAGAAAGUAAGUAAGCUAUAUACAGGGUCAGUUCCAAUACCAUAUUUAUACUGAAAAAAAUAUAAACGCAAUAAUUUUAAAGAUUUUACUGGGUUACAGUUCAUAUGAGGAAAUCAGUCAAUUGAAAUUAAAUUAAUUCAUUUUGGCCCUAAUCUAUGGAUUUCACAUGACUGGGAAUACAGAUAUGCAUCUGCCUCACAAUGGGCCUCAGGAACUCGUCGCAUUAUUUAUUUGCAUUCAAAUUGCCAUCGAUAAAAUGCAAUUGUGUUCGUUGUUCGUAGCUUAUGCCUGCCCUUACCAUAAACCCGACGCCGCAAUGGGGAACUCUGUUCACAACAUUGACAUCAGCAAACCGCUCGCCCACAUAACGCCAUACAUGUGGUUUGCGGUUGUGAGGCUGGUUUGACAUGCUGCCAAAUUCUAGAAAACGACAUUGGAGGCGGCUUGUCAGCAUGCCAAUUGCGCGCUCCCUCAACUUGACAUCUGUGGCAUUGUGUUGUGUGACAAAACUGCAAAUUUGAGUGGCCUUUUUUUGUCCCCAGCACACCUGUGUAAUGAUCAUGCUGUUUAAUCAGCUUCUUGAUAUGCCACAUCUGUCAGGUGGAUGGAUUAUCUUGGCAAAGGAGAAAUGCUCACUAACAGGGAUGUAAACAAAUUUGUACACAACAUUUGAGCUCAUGAAACAUGGGACCAAUACUUUACAUAGUCCGUGUAGCCAUUUUGUUAGCUAUUUAGCACUCUUAUGGCUUGGGGAUAGAAGCUGUUCAGGAGCCUGUUGGUGUCAGAAAUCGAAGUGUUGGGGCCAUGGGGAAGUGGUAGGGAUUAGGAAAUUGAUUGGUCAUUAUUAGCUGGGAUAACUCAAGUUUAUUUGUGCAAUGGUUAGGUCUCUGUAAUUCUCUGAAUGUAGGCUAGUGUACUAGCAGUGUCCUUGUAAGCGCAGGGCAUGAUAGCGUAAUGCAGUAGCCCUGCUUUGCUUUAUCUUUGCCAGGUCGCUGUUGUAAAUGAGAACUUGUUCUCAACUGGCUUACCUGGUUAAAUAAAGGUUAAAUAAAAGAAAAAGAAAAUGGUGCAUGCAUACAUUAGAGUAGCAACCAGGUCCCUUAACCCUGGAGUACACUGACCAGAGCGGACCUUAGUCAGGCAGUGGGCAUGUUUUAAAACAACUUCAUGAAUAUCGUAAAUAAUAAUGCACAUGAAAAAGGUUUUCCCAUAGCGUUUCAAAGGUGGGUGUGCUUUGGGGACAUUUGGGCCUGCCUGGGAAAUAUUCUAGUCUAUUUAUUAGUGGAUUGAUGUAUGUCUUUCAAAUGUAGGCCUAACUAAAUUCACAUCUGAAGUUAAGAAAAUAUAACUGUAUUUCUGCAGAUAAUCUCUCUGGACAAAUUAUAUCCUCCCUAUGGACAGAGGAGGAUAUCAUUAUAUUUGUCCAGAGAGAUUGUGUCCCCAAAGGCCUUUUGAAUGGCAAAAUGAUCUGGUUUCAUCAUCCAGCCAGGGUGCUGCUGUCUAUGAUGUAAUCAGAUCAUUUUGUUUUUAAAAGGCCUUUGAUCUUUGGGCUUUAUUGGCCCCUUUUCUACUGUUUUAUAAAAUAUUUUUAAAUGGAUGACCUUUCUCUUUCAGAGCCCACUGUAAGAGCAGAGCUAAUGGAGAAAGUUCCUCACAUCGCCAUUUUCUGUCAAGAGAACAGACCUUCCAUUCCGUUUGCCUUCUCUAAAUACUUGCUACCGAUCGUCGUGAGAUACCUGGCUGACCAGAACAACCAGGUAACAAGCGUGUGACAAUUCAUUACAUUAUCCCUCAGUGUGUUGUUAAUCAUACUUCUUCUACUUUUCAAAUGCCUCUAUAUGGCCAUUGACACAUGUUAAAUUUACACCAAUUUAACGUUUUUCCGAUGAUGAAUUAAGCUGCGAAAAGAAACAUUUCAUCGCAACUCUAAUAUUUGUCUAAUGUUAUUAAUAACUUCUAUAUAAUGAUUCUGAUGUCUCCCCAGGUCAGAAAGACCAGCCAGGCAGCCCUGUUGGUGCUGCUGGAGCAGGAUCUGAUUGAGAGGGGGGACAUUGAGACCCUGGUGUGCCCCGUCCUGGUGGACCUGACCGCCCCCGACAGCAACGACGACGUCAAGACGGAAGCCAUGGCCGUGAGUCACGUGACCAAGGAGAUGUCUGAAAUGGCACCCUAUUCCCUAUAUAGUGCACUUCUUAAGUUGGUUUGAUGGGUUCUGGUCAAAAGUAGUGCACUACAUAGGGAUUAGGGUGCUAUCUCAGAAGCACGAGUGUGAGAUGUAGUAUGGAGCAGUUUAUUCAUGACAUGAUGCUCACACCACAUUGUUAUAUUACCAGGCAGCCAGUGUGCCACUUUAAGAUAUGCUACUUUAAAACAUUAGCAUUUUAUGUCAUGAGGUUGACCACUUUGUUUUAUCUGGCUUGCUAUUUACCAUAGCUGUGAUAUACAGAGGUAGGCUGCAGCCAGCAUUCAAAUUAAUGUUUGUCCUUCUGCAGAUAGUGCAAGGCAAGAGUAUUUCAAAGUUGUCCAUAGGAUGCAGGUAGUGUUUUUGUGAUGUGGCCAAACCUCCAUGUGAUGUGAGGAGGAUGCUGACAGACUUUAUUUUGACUCUGUGUUUGUGUCUGUAGAUCAUCUGUAAGAUGGCCCCCAUGGUGGGCAAGGACAUCACAGAGCGCCUCUUCCUGCCCCGCUUCUGUGAGAUGUGUUGCGACUGCAGGAUGUUCCACGUGCGCAAGGUCAGUAGGAUCUAGACUAGGGUUGUGUUCAUUCGGCACCAAAUGGAUGAAAACGGACUGAAACGGGAGGGAAUACCUGAAAUUGUUAUCCGUUGCAAUUUUAAAAAAUGUUUUCUGUUGUGUGCCGUAAUGAACACGACCCUGGAUUAGACCACUCACAGGCAGUGGUUGUCCCACUGUCUAUGGGUAAUGGGGACUGAACACACUCAAUCAGACUUUCUCACAUGUAGUAUUGGUCUUUUCAGCUUUUUUGUUUAACGUAUUGUUAUAUCUGCGUGGGCUUUGAGUCAAUGUUUUAGAUGUUUUGUUUUCUGUGUGUUUAUGGCAGGUUUGUGCAGCAAACUUUGGCGACAUUUGCAGUGUUGUCGGAGGAGAGGCGACAGAGAAACUCCUGGUACAUGUUGACCUCUUUUGGUUUCAUUCUCAGCCAACUGACUUGUUAGCUUUGUCACACCAAGGUUUACUCAAAUGAGUCAUCUGACAGCCAGAAGCUACUAUUGUGCCUAAUGUCGUUCCCAACUGCCACUGUAUUGUCAGUUUCUCUGCACUCAGUGUAUUGUUCUGUUGCAACUGUGUUGUGACCUUGAGAUUGUAACGGGUGACCCAUUGACACGCUCUCUCUCUGUGUGACUCCACUCAGUAGCUUGGCCCCGUGCGACAAGGAAAAGGCAUUCCAAGCUCUGACUAACUGAAAUUGUUAUUUUGUUUUCUGCCUUCCCUUUCUCUCCCACCUCUCUCCUUUCCUGUCCAGCUGCCCCGCUUUUUCCAGCUCUGCUCGGACAACGUGUGGGGGGUGAGGAAGGCUUGUGCCGAGUGCUUCAUGACCGUUUCCUCGUCCACCUCGCAGGAAGUGCGCAGGACCAAGCUCUCCUCGCUCUUCAUCAGCCUCAUCAGUGACCCCUCCCGCUGGGUGAGCACUCGACAGAAAGAUGGAUUUUCUACCAUUUGGCAACCCACAUCCACAACCUGACCCGAGGGGUAUCCUACGAAGCAAGCUAGAUCUACUCUGGGUUUUCCAAAGCUAACCAGCUUGUUAACUUAGCAUUCCACUUCAGGUUUCAUCCGCACUACGACGGUGGAUAUUGCUCGUCCGCCUGCCGUUAACUCUAGCAGGCUUUUAACUGCGCGUGCAUGUCGCACAUGGCUAGUCAAACACUGAAUUCUUCAUUGAGACAAUGCUGAAACGUCAAUCCAUGGGCAAGUCAGUGCCACACUUUCAUUUUUGCCAAAAUCGAUGUGAAAGUCAUCUUGCAAAUUCAGCAAGCUAUGGUGUUGAAGUGCCGACUUUGGUGUGCUUAGUAAUGUACAACUACCUUUUUUCCCCCAUUCCUAUCGAUAAAGGUUUUGUAUUAAGGAAUAAAAAAAAGUCAUACUGUGCGUGAAGUUUAAAAUGCAUUCUGUCAUUACUAAAUGUGUAAUGUGAUGUAUUUUUGUAACACACACAAAAAUACAUUUUGAUUUAAUAAAAUAUUUAAUCAGCCGUCUUCCUCAAAUGAAGGGGAUGAUGACGCAAUCUUUGCAACUUAUGGCGCAGUCAUUUCAUUCAGGCUAAGUAGAGUUAGCCUUCCCCAGAGCACAUUAGUUCUGAAGGAUUCGUUACCAUAGAAAUUUACCUGACUAAAAAGUGAGCCACUUUCGUAUGACUGGUUAUCCCGAGUUCAACUCAGUUGACCAAAGUUACCUCGCUAACUCCUCAAACCUGCUUUGUAGGAUACCCCUCCAUUGGUAAAUACUUUAGCAUAGGCAUUAAACAUUGACCUGGGGCUAGUUCAUGCUCUAGGUAGUUUGCUGUAGGUAACUCACUUUUCCAGUUUGAAAAUAACUUUUUAGAGAAAAUGUUUUUUACUGCAGGGCCUGGUAGUAGUAGUGUUUUUUUCCCCAAUAGUUAGCCCACCAUUAUGGAAAAUUGACAUUACAUCUUUUAAAAGCACGGCUGACAUGCGACUUAGGACAUGUCAUGACACAUGCUUUUCUCUGCUUCCUUAUUUUAAUGCACAACUUGCCUACUCUUUACAAUGAGUGUAAGUAAUUGUCAUGUCAUACUCAUUUGUUCCUGGACCGCUUGUCUCGUACUGUGUGUCUCUCUCAGGUGCGUCAGGCUGCCUUCCAGUCUCUGGGCCAGUUCAUCUCCACGUUCGCCAGCCCCAACAGUGUGGGCCAGUACUUCAGAGAGGGGGAGGAGGGCGAGUGCAACUGUGUCCAUCCACAGAACAGGUGCAACCAUUUUGGGCCUUUUGAGCAGGCAUCUAAAAGGGAAUUUACGUGAAUGGCUGGAUCCUUUCUUUCUGAAGAAAAUCCACCAAGCUUGUAUUGAGAUUUGAACUGCUUUGUUUGUAACUAGCUUCCUUUCUCUCCCACAGUAUUGAAGAGAAACCACUGAACUCGGACACUACAGACCCCUCCCUAAGGGCUAACACAGAGAAUUACUCUCAGAGGCACUUGCCUGCAUGCACAAAUGGCAACCAAGAGGAGGGUUGUCCACAACAGGACUGCAUUUUGACAGGCGACCUGGGGGAGGGGGUGUUGUGCCGGACAGAGGAGGUAGGAGGUGUGGAUGUGGCGGAGGAGGGGGGUGGGGAGCAGGCGGCGGAGGCCUUGACGGACGCCUCGGACGGUGGAUCGUGCUGCGAGGAUGCCGACAUAGGUCCUGAGUGCCUCUGUGGCGAGAAGAGCAAGAAGGAGCCUUCCUCGCUAAUCCCUGACUCCUUCGACACAGCAGGGGCUCGGGAGGAGGAGGAAGCCCCUUCAGGGCAUACUGAGAACGAGCCAGAGCCACCUGAGAAGCACACAACCUCUAACGAGAAGGAUGACUCACCAGCAGACAUAUCUGAGCCCUCAUCCUUGCCUGAGCCAGCAGACGAGUCCCCCUCUGUCAGUCCUCAGGACAGUAUCCCUGAGCAGGAGCUCUACAACUCCUUCCACUUCUGGAGGACGCCCAUCGCUGAGAUGGACCUGGACCUGGAACUGCUCCAGCAGGGUGAAAGUGGCCAGGAGGAGCCCCCCAGCUAUGGCUCCUCCAGUCAGGGCAAGACUAAGGCCUCGGCACCCAUCCUGGACCGGAAACAGCUGGAAGAGCUGAUUGAAAACCUGGAGCCUCAUAUUGAUGACCCUGACGUGAAA